CCAUAGGCAUUUCGUAUUGCGAUCGUGAAAAUUCUUCAUGUGGUGAUAAGUAACGCAAAAAGUAGUAAAAGAAAAUUUUAACAAAACAAGCAGAAGGGGGGAAAAACUAGCAAAAUGUCCCGUUUCCACAUGGUUGUGUUAGUACUUACUUUGUUAGUUGCUGGCACGCGAGCGGUCAAUAUUCUAGAUGUAAUUCUCGAUGUGCCCACAGGCAUCGUUAAUUCGUUGCCCAAAUCGCUGGAUAUACAAACUGUGGGCAAUACUGUGGAGAAUACAGUGCGAGGCAUUGGCAACACAGCAGCUAAUUUGAUACCCACGCCACAAGAUGUGUUUGACACGAGCAAAAACCUAUUGGCCGGCUAUCCAUUCGAGCUGAUGUCUUCAGCUGUCCACGAGAUUUGCUCCGCUGCAAUUGCAGGUGAUGCGAUUACUCCGUUAGUAACGCCCGACCUGACGAAAAUGAAGUUUCAGCUACGCACAGCCUGCAAUAGCUACAGUUAUCCGGUAUUGAAAGCGAAUGAAAUUUGGCAAAGUCCCGAAUUCGAUCCAAAAAAGAAAGUGGUAAUAUUCGCUUCCGGUUGGAAAACUACAAUCGAAUCCUCGAAUCCGAUCAAUGAGUUGGCCAAAGCUUUCAAUUGUCGUGGUGAUGUGAAUUUUGUGGCCGUCGAUGUGGCCGAUUCUGUGGACACUCUAUACGCUUGGUCGUCCCUUAACACCGAUGCAAUCGGCGCUUUUAUAGCUGAAGGUCUCGAGCACUUAACCGACGUUGUACCACUUCAGAAUAUUCACUUGAUCGGUCAUGGUCUAGGUGCGCAUAUUUUCGGCGCGGCAAGUCGUUACUACAGCUACAACACCGGCAGACUUGUGCCACGCAUUACUGGUUUGGAUCCAGCCAAGCCCUGUUUCAAAGAAGGUUAUGCGCUCUCAGGUUUAAUGCGCGGUGAUGCCGAAUUCAUCGAUGUAAUUCACUCCAAUCCGGGUGUGAUGGGUAAACGUGAACCCCUCGGUGAUGUGGAUUUCUAUCCAGGUGGACUUCAUCCUUUGCCAACUGGUUGCUUUGAUGUGUUUUGUGCGCAUGCGCGUGCCUGGGAAUAUUAUGCGGAAACUGUUUACCCAAACAGUGAAAGGAAUUUUCUGGCUCACCGUUGCAACUCAUUGAGCGGAGUGCGUCAUCAUACAUGUCCGCGUGCAGAGUAUACUAUGGGAUAUGAAGUACCAAGAAAUUUGAAGGGGAACUACUUUUUGGAAGUGAAUGGACAGAAGCCGUUUGGUGUAAAUGGCAAUGCUAGGCAACUGUACCUCCAUUCGAAGUGCGGACUGUGUGCGCAGAGGAAUUUCUGAUUGAUUGCAAGACAUAUAGAAUACAGUACUUACUCGUAUGUACUUUUAUGACUAUAUAUCUAUGUAUUGAUAUGUAAAUAAAUGUGAUGUUUGAAGGGAGUUUUAUA